CUACAAAAGUGACCAAUUAGAUGAGUUAGGUAAGUGAUAAAGCAUUCGUAACUAAGCUUGUACAGUGUACUACAGAUCAGUAUACCCCAAAGGCAAGGCGAGGAGCCCCAAUCGACACGCUGAUUAAUUAUUUGGCAAAAUCGCGCUAUAUAAAUGGGCGAGCUCUCGAGCGUCAGAUAUAUAUCCUGCAGUCGCGGCCAUUAGCCGGUCAUCGUCAUCGUCUCUCUCCAUGCAAAAACAUACAGGUACGUCUCGCCAGAUGGCCGGCCUUCUCCCCGGCGUGCUCGUGGCCGUUCUCCUCGCCGCCGCCGCGGCGCCGGCGUCUGCGAAAGACUACACCGUCGGCGACUCGUCGGGGUGGACUACCGGUGUGGACUACACCGCCUGGGCCAGAGGCAAGACGUUCAACAUCGGCGAUACGCUAUUGUUCCAGUACACCAGCGCGGGGCACUCGGUGGUGGAGGUGAGCGAGGCGGACCACACCUCGUGCUCGGCGGCGAACCCGCUGCGGUCGUACAAGGACGGGACGACCAUCGUCACGCUAACCAGGUCGGGCACCCGCUACUUCAUCUGCGGCAGCACGGGCCACUGCGGCGCCGGCAUGAAGCUCACCGUGACGGUCGCCACCCUCUCCGGCAGCGCCGCCGGCGGCACGAGGCUGGCGAAGCCGUCGUCGUCCGACGCGGACCCGACGACGACGACGACGACCAGGACCUCGUCGGCCACGGGCGGCGCCACUGGCAGCUGGGCCCCGCGCACUGCCACGUGGCUGCUGUUCUUCGCCGCCGUGGGGGCCUUGCUGUGAUAGGCUGAUCGUAUGGCCGCUUGGAAAGAGGCAGUGCUGUUCCUUGUGUGUGUCUGAGCUGCAUAUCAUUUUUAGUUUUGUAUUAUGAGACAACUACGUAGUGUAGUGUGUUUCUCAAAUAAUCUUUGUGGAGUGUUCGCUUAAUUAUAUGGUACCGAAUUCUUGUAUCUUGUUGUUUCUUGGAGGCAAUAAAAUCUUUUAAAGAAAAAAAUAUCAUUAACAA